UCUCUCUCUCUCGCCCCUUCUUCAGCGUCCGAUCUCUCAAAGUACAAAUCCUUCUCUUGCAGCGAUCCGACCCGAGGCAGCAAAGCUGCGAGCUUUCGGACCUUGUGACGGGGGCGGAGAUGUGGUUCAGCCGCGGCGGGGCAGCCUCCAAAGCCACGGCUGCCGUGAGCAGCGGCAUAUUUGUCCGGUACUUCUCGCGGGAGCGGGCGGUGAAUGUGAGGAAGAUAAACCCCAAGGUGCCGCCUCAGGAGGCCUAUUCGAUAGCUCGGGGUCUCUACGACGUCAUCAAGGCUCACGGCCCUCUCACCGUCGGCAACACAUGGACUCACGCUCAGGAAGCCGGUCUAACUGGAUUGCAAAGCAAAACCCACAUGAAAAUAAUGCUGAAAUGGAUGAGGGGAAGGAAGAUGCUCAAGUUACUGUGCAACAAUGUCGGUUCCAACAAGAAAUUUCUGCACACUACCCUCCCAGAAGAACGUCAAAAGGAUCAACCAGUGAGUACAAUGGGAUUGAACCUCCAAACUGAGAGGCCUCCCUUGAAGAAAAAGGGAAAAAAGAAAUCCAAAUAGGAAAGUUUUGUGGCCUUUCCUGAGAUAGGUACAGUCGAGCUGUAUUCGUGUUUCUUAUUUGUGAUUGAGUGCCUACUUUAGGCGUGAUAUCUCCUGAUCCUUGUUUGAUGCUGCAAGAGAAAUCGAGAGCAACUGUUUUAAGAUGUCAGAAAUCAGGUGCUUCUUGCUUCCUCGACAUUAGAAUUUAGAGCGGCGUUUUGGCAUUCUUGACAUAAAUGCUCACGCAUGAUCUGAACCCUGUUGAAUAAACUGUAGCUGUUACAUAUUCACAGACAAUGCAAUUAGAUUACUGCAUGGAUGCUUUAGAUUAUUGAUCAAA